AUGUUGCAGGACGAGGUGGUGGCUGAGGAGAACAAAGUGGUCUUGAUGCUGAGCGAGUUGGUUGAAUUGAUCUUAAUUGAUCAGCCGUGCGAGCACCACCAUCAUCAUCAUCACCAGCAUCAUUAUCAUCAUCAUCAACAAUCGCCUUCUAACGCUAUCAACACAACGAGUUGGGAUAAUGAUACAAAAGCAAACAACAAAAGCACAAACGAAAAAAUACACGUGCACGUCAACACGUGCAACAACAUCAAAGAAAGCAACUCGGCUUUGAACGCUAAUAAUAAUUAUAAUACAAAUAAUGAGUUUGAUGGGCAACCUGUGAAAUCAGAAGCAAAUUUCAACAUCACCUGUGAUCCACGCGCGAGCCAUCCUCAACCUUCAGUUGGCGAUCAUAUGUUGGAUUGCAGGAAUGAAAAUUUACUUAGUGUCAAUAUGGAUAAUGCCAAAAAUAAUGUGAAUGGACUUGCUUCUAACAACUGCAAAUCAUCUUCAGAUUUUAAUUUGAAUACAAACGCUGCACCGAAAGAGGCUACAGACGCAUCAGAUAUCCAUGGACCUUUGCAUUACCAUCAUCUGAAGAAGCCCAUCAUCAUUAGCUACCCUCAGUACUGUCGGUACCAGUGUGCCAGGAAGAGGCUAACGAUGAUCAGCAGGCAGGACGACCUCCAGAUGCUCGCCUAUCUAGUCGGAAAGAGUUUCGUUCAAUCCCUGCCGAGUGUUGUCUCUGAUGUUGACGUCUUCUUCUGCAUGGACACCGCCGCUAAUCCAGACUUCAAAUCGUUUAAAAGCGAACUUAACCAUCUAGUCCUCAUCGCCUGUGCCAAUGAGCACCAAUUUACCCAUCACACCAUCCUUCACUUCAUUCCGGCCAUCACCAAUCCAACUUCACGACAUCGUCCACUGCAGACAAGCCUCGUAGCCACACCAUCCUUGUCGACCCUGAAAACUAUUAGAAAUAAAUGUACAACAACCUCACAAUUGACUGGUGCGUAUCAUGUCGGAAGCGACACUACCAACUCUCAGCACCUCAGCCACACAGUGCACCUAACAUAG